GGACUCCGGAGCGAAACUUUUUUUCCUCCCUUCCAUUUUGUUUAGAAAAAGUAGAGAGGAGAGGGGGAGAAGAAAGACCUUUUGCCGCCGCCUCGCCAUGGCGGGAGAAGGAACCGACGCCUGCGAGGAGCGCGAGGGCGCCCAGCCCAUGACCGAUUACGAGAAGCAACGGCUGUUGCGGAUACGCGAGAACGAGGCCCGCCUCCAGGCCCUUGGCCUCCGCGGCCUCGCAGCGUCCCCUCUCCUCCGCAACCCGUCUCCGGCGGCGGCCGCGGCCAAGAGGAGGCAGAAGAAGCGGUCCGCCAACGAGGAUGACGAGUACAUCCCGUCCAACGAGAGCGGCGGCGAGGAGGAGAGCUCGUCGGAGAGCGGACAAGAUGACGAGAUGGAUCGAGAUAGCAAAUCGUCGUCUAGGUCUAAUGCGAAGGGAAAGAAAGCUAAGCUAUUUAAGUCAGGUAAAACUUCUAAGAGUACAGCUAGGAAAGUGGUCACUUCUUUUGCUGAUUUUGUGGACGAUGAUACAGCCUUACAGCAGGCAAUUGCUCUCUCCCUGGCGGGAUCUUCUGAAAGGUCUGUGACCACAACGGGUGCAGAAACUUCAAGCACAGGAAUGGAAGGAAGUGAAGGCACUCUGCACAAAAAGAAUAGUAAAGCAUCCAUUCAGGACUCAGCUAAGAACAGGAAGAUUAAAAAGCUGGGUAAGAGCAGGAUACAACUGACAGAAGAUGAUGUGGUUGUCUUCUUCUUCUCAUUUGAUGAAGUUGGUAAAGGAUAUAUUACACCAUGGGAUCUUGAAAGAAUUGCUACAGUAAAUGAUUUCAUCUGGACAGAUUCUGAGAUAUCUAAUAUGAUCCGUUGCUUUGAUAGUGACAGAGAUGGAAAGAUAAACCUUGAGGAUUUCCGCAGCAUUGUAUCUCGAUGCAACAUGCUGCAGGAGCCUGAGAAGUGAGGAUGAGGCACGAUUGUGGUUUGAAAAUGCUUGCACUCUAAUUUAGUAAAGAAGAAAGGGGAAAAAAAAUGCUUGCACUCUAGCAUUUGCGACCAGUUUUCUGUAUUAUAACCAGAGACAUUGCGUAUGAAGUGUUAUGCAGAUAGCAGAAGACAAAAUGAGUCAAUGAAAGCCCAGUGGGGUAGUUUUUCUUUGGAAGGAUCAGUAGCGUAGUUAGUAGCCGCUGAACAGAACCUUUGUUUACAGGAGCUUGUCAAAUCCAAUUGACCAUGGCUUUUGUGGUUC